AUGGCUGAAGAAAAUCCAGAGGGUUUCAAUCGAUCCUCUAGUGGAGCACAACUGGGAUCCAUGGAUGUGCAUCAAAUUGCAAGCUUUCUUAAUCAAUUGUCCACAUUACAAGCUCAAAUCUCCAAAGAUGGUUCAAGUCUGAUUUCAGAUCCCGCAAGUCCCUAUUUCAUACAUCCUGGUGAGAGUCUUGGUUCGCCUCUGAUAUCAAUUACUCUAAAUACAAAUAAUUACCAUAGCUGGAGUAGAGCAAUGCUGUUAGCAUUAAAAUCAAAGAAUAAAUUGAAAUUCAUAGAUGGUUCAAUAAAGAAGCCAGAUCCAACAGAUGCAUUGUUUGACGCAUGGGAAAGAUGCAAUACAUUUAUUGUCUCGUGGAUUAAUCUGUCUUUGAGUUCUGAAAUUUCUGAAAGUGUGAUUUGGAAUAAUGUUGCCUCUGAUCUGUGGAGAGAUUUGGAACAUAGAUAUUGUCAGGGAGAUCGGUUUCGAGUGGCUGAGUUAGAGGAAGAGAUGUACCAAAUGAGACAAGGCGAAUUGACAAUUACAACAUAUUUUACAAAGUUGAAAGCUAUUUGGGAGCAAUUAAAUGGAUUCAGACCAAUUCCUAAUUGUGUAAUGUGUACUGAGGACUGUAAGUGUGGCCUGGCUAAAAUGAGAGAAUACAGAGAAGAGAGUUACACAGUGAGGUUUCUAAGAGGCCUCAAUGAACAAUAUUCGACUGUAAGAUCCCACAUCAUGCUUAUGAAUCCUAUUCCUGACAUAAACACCGCAUUUUCUUUGCUCACUCAACAAGAGAGGCAGUUUGGCAAUCUGGAUUUGAUUGACUCCAAAACCUUACUGAAUAAUGCAAGGAUAAACUACUUAGAUGGCUCAGGAAAUAGAGGUCGAGGCAGAGAUGGAAACAGAGGUGGUCGGACAAAUGGAAGAGGCAGAGGUAGGGGCACCAAGAUGCAGUGCACCUUCUGCGGAAAAAUGGGACACAUUGUGGACACAUGCUACAAAAAGCAUGGAUUGCCUCCACACUUAAGACAGCGGCAGCAAGGCACUAUCAAUCAAAUGAUGACUACUGAGCAGAAAAUUGAUGAAGUCAAUAGUAAUGAAUUGGCUAUGAACCAAGCAGAAGUGAGUGAAACUGCAAGUGUUGCGUUAACAGUGAACCAAAGGCAAGCCUUGAUGUCCCUUCUCAAAGAACAAUGUGCUCAGCAACACUCUCAUGGUGCAAACCAGGGUCAGAAAUCAUCCAAUCCUGUUUCAGGUCAAGCUAAAAUUCAUUUUUUGCAAUUCAGUGCAAGAAUUUUAUCAUUGGUUAGACCAAAAUCUGCUCUUUGGGUCAUAGACACUGGAGCCACAGAUCAUGUUUCUUUUGAUCUAACCGAUUUCAAAACUUAUCAAAAGGUUAAGCCCUUGGUUGUUAAAUUACCUGAUGGCAGCUUUACAACUAGUAGCAUUGUAGGUACCAUCAUGUUCUCUAACAAUCUAUUUUUAACAAAUGUUCUUUUCAUUCCAUCUUUUGAUUUCAAAUUGAUUUCGGUGUCAAAACUUACAACACUUUUAAAAUGCAAAAUGCUUAUUGAUGAUGAAACAUGUGAAAUUCAGGAUUAA